CAUCUGAUAACACCCUCAGCUGGUGAUCAAUAUAUCUGCCGGAAACACCAUCACAGGACAAAACAGCAGAACUGUACACGAGAAAAAAUCUAAUAUAUUGGUGAGCAAAUCGUUAUCAUGGAAAUCCGAAAAAUUGUGGAUAGAGGCGGGGAAGAGAUAGUUAGCAAAUAUUACGAUGGAAUUAAUUUUCCGCCAGUGGUUAGUGGGAAUGUCAAAGAUCAUUUAGAGGCAAUUAGGAAUUUAAAACACAAGAACGGCGACAUACUUCUCGACACUUUCCCUAAAACUGGAACGCACUGGGGAUUUGACAUUUUGUAUAUGCUGCAAAAUGGAAAAGCUGAAUACAGCACAGACAACAUCGCACCUUUAGAUUUUGCACCUGCAGAGAAAAUUGAAGCCUUAGAUAGCCCAAGGGUUCUGGUAUCACAUUUAUAUCCGCAACAUAUUCCGAAAUUCUGCACAGAGGAGAAAUGUAAAAUCAUCUAUAUUUAUCGUAAUCCUAAGGAUACGGCUGUGUCCAUGCAUUCUUUCAUGAAGAGACUCGACAUGGAGUCGAUGCGAGGUUAUAAUGGUAAAUGGGAAGACUUCUUUGAACUAUAUGCCACACAGCCUGUGCAUUACAACACCUGGUUUGAGCACGUUAAGUCAUGGUUAGAUUUCAAAAAGAAGAAUCCAGAUUUACCUAUCCUGUUUGUAUCAUUUGAGGACAUGAAAAAGGACUUACGAAGCUGUGUUCAAAAGAUGGCAGAAUAUUUGGGAACGAAACAAGAUCCAGAAUUCCUUGACGAAGUGGCAAGAAAAUGUCAGUUCAACGUCAUGUCAGCGGCAAAGUCCUCACAUGCAAAAGAAACAGCAAUGUCGAAAGAUGGCACCAACCCGUUCUAUAGAAAAGGUGAAGUUGGAGAUUGGAAGAACUGGCUAACAGUGGCAAAAAACGAGAUGUAUGAUGCAGUGAUUAAAGAAAAAAUGGUUGACAUUGAUCUAGACAUUACAUAUACAUUGUAA